CGGAGCACUCGGGGGCGAUGUUCAGGUUUGAACGUCUGCUUUGGUCUGCUAUCCGUCCGCGCAUCUGUUUGUAUGAGAUUCUGGCGCUUUGAAUUCCUGCGCUAGAGCUAGGCAUAUUCCAGGAAUUCAAAACAGCCGUCCAAGGCCUCGUAAAUGCGCGACUGUUUCGGCAAGCACAAUUGAACUGUCGCAAGAUACCACAGUAUCGUCCCUGCGUUCUCGGUCAUCACUGCAGCGAAUCAUGGAAUCCCCCGACGACUUUCCAAACGUGUCGAUCAUGAUACGACGAAGACGUUUUCAAGUCCGUCAUCUCAUGCUCCUCAUGAUCUCUUUGGGCAUUUUCUUGGUUUACUCCAUGAGGGUAAAUCUCAGUGUGACCAUCAUUGCCAUGAUCAACAGCACAGCCACGCGGGGGAAUGAGAGCAAAGUGUUGACUUCUGAAUGUCCCGUCUCUCCUGACAAUGACUCUUCGCUCUCCAAUCAAAGUGACAUUCCUAGUGGAGAGUUCCUCUGGGACCAAGAAACACAAAGCUAUGUGCUCAACGCCUUCUUUUAUGGUUACAUUGUGACACAAAUCCCUGGAGGCUGGCUCUCUGAAGUUGUAGAUCCAGGAUGGGUCUUUGUUGGUGGAAUUGCUAUCACUUCUCUUCUUACACUUGCUACAGCUGUUGUCGCAAGAGCUAGCUUUGCUGCAUUCCUGGUUCUUCGGGUUCUGGAAGGAAUUGCUGAGGGGGUAACGUACCCAUCCAUGUAUGCCCUACUUGCCCGGUGGUCUCCCGUCAACGAGCGAAGUAUGAUGGCUGGCAUCAGCAAUAUUGGAAGCCUCUUGGGUACUGUGGUCACACUACCACUGUCGGCUAUGCUCUGCAAGCAUGGCUUUGCAGGGGGCUGGCCGUCUGUCUUUUACCUCACAGGACUCCUGGGUGUUGUGUGGUCCAUAUUUUGGGUGCUUCUAGCUUCUGGCAGUCCUGAAAGACACAAGUUCAUCUCAAUGGAGGAACGCAUCUAUAUAGUUCAUUCUCGGGACGCCAACUUCUCAGAGCACAAGCCGGUGCCUUGGCUCAGCAUACUGACAUCGAGGGGUGUGUGGCUUUGUGCUCUAGUUAAGUUUUGUGCAAGCUGGAGCUUUUAUACCUUGCUCACGGAGCUUCCAAGCUACUUGUCCAAUGUGCUGCACUUCGAUAUUCAAAAGGAUGGUUUCAUGAAUGCCAGCAUAUACUUGGGCCAACCAGUUGUUGGAAUACUUUGUGGCUUCAUGGCUGACAAGCUUCACAAAAAGCAAGUCCUUGGUGUAACCGCCAUAAGAAAGACCUUCGAGUGUGCAGGACUUGCUGCAGUAAGUGUCGGACUGGUUGGAGUGACGUUUGCCCGGUGCAAUUGGGUGGCCGCCUAUGUGGCGCUUCUGCUCUCCAACACAUGUGCUGGCAUCCUCUAUGGUGGUGGUGGUGUCCUGCCUAUUGACCUCGCACCUGAUUUUGCUGGUGCUGUCAUGGGACUCACAAACUGCAUUUCCAAUACUGCUGGAAUUUUCGCACCUCUUGUGGUUGGCUACCUGACAGAAAGCAAUGAGACCAUUGCACGGUGGAAUGCCGUGUUUUACAUUGCUGCUGCGAUGUGCGCCUUUGGAGCCGUGGUAUUCUUGGCAUUCGGCACGGCGGAAGUGCAACCGUGGGCACAUCAGCAGGCCACUCCUCUUCGGGGCUCAGCGGCUGCGCUUGUUCCUAGCGAUGAACUUCUUGACGACGAUCCACUAGAGGGCUCAAAGGAUGCAAGGUCUUACUGCCACUGACAGCAUUUAACGAUGUUUUCUUUGACUCAUUUCUGCCGAAAACCAGUGCCGAGUGGAACCGCCUUCCCCCCUCCAUCGCCUGCAUCGAGGAGGCAUCAUCUUUCAAGACUGCAAUAACUGAUUAUCUUUUGAAUUUAUCACCUUAAUACUAAUAAUUGUUUGAGCAUGUAUUUUUUAUUAUUGUUGUACCCACCCCCCUCUGUAACGCCCUUUUGGGCCCUGAGGGUACUGUAAAUAAAUAAAUAAAUAAAUAUUCGUAUAAGGUAAUUAAAUUUGAUUGGUUGACCAUCAGCCUAUGCUUUGCAUCAGUGUAAAAGCACUAGUUGCACUGCUAAACUGGCGUGGAAAACACAGUGUAUGCCCCCAUGCCAGUGAUUGGCGGAUUCAAGUUGCUGUUAUAACAAAUAUGUGCUAUAGGAACUUGCAUGAUUCACUCACUUUGAAACUGUCGCCCACAUCCAAAAUGCUUAGACUGGUGCCUGGGCAAUUUUGUCAUUGAAAAUUAGUUCAGUGGCUACAGAAAAGAGUGCGCAUGGCAUGAAAACACAUGGUUGUGUGCUUUGUAAUGUAGUAAAGGAGAAGGCCAAUAUUACUGUACAUUGUGACAGCAGUUACAUCCCACUGUGUGGAAUCUCAAAUCUGGCAUCUCAAGAGGAUCGAGAAGUGAUUUGUUCGUGGAAGCUGCUCCAAGUGAGCUGUUCCAGUGUGCACUUAUGCACUGAGUCAGUCGUAGAGCAUGCAAUCUCUCCUACGUUACAACAAAAGUUAAUUCUAAUGGAACGUUGGAGUUCACCAUUAAUUUUUCCCUAUUCCUCUGAUUGAAGUAGCAUUUAGUUUACGUACAUAUAAAUCUAAUGGCACACGUCCAAAUACUGCUAUAUGUGACUUUAUUUUUAUGUGAUGUGCAGAGACUGUCCAUGACGGAUGCUUGCUAGCAAGGUAAUGUUUUGGUUUAGUGCAUGUGCGCAUAAUCCAUCAUGAAAGCAAAUUUUACGUACAAUACAUUAGAAAUCUUUGCACGUGCCCAAAAUGACCACAGGAGGCUCCUUAGCUGUAGGGGCGCUUCAUUCUCCAUCUCCCGUACAAAGCAUUCUUUCUCCCAAGUACCAUAAGCAAGUCAACAGAAAUGCUGCCAUUUUAGCAAAUAUUCUGCCAUAUCAAGCAGAUUUCUGGCUUUUUUUGGUGCGGAUAUUGCACAUUAAAUGCAUAGCAGGCUUCUUAAAGCACAUUUUGAAUUAAGUUUUUCCAGCAAUCUUUGAAGCAUUCAAAGCAACAUUUAAUCAUUCUAGUAUAUUCUUAUUUUUUUUAUUUUUCUGAAUUGUUUCCAAGAAAUGAUUUUCAGUGCUUAUUUUUUGAUGAUAUAGACAUUACAAUGAAAGUCUGUCCAUUCACUUGGCCCAUUUGAUUUCUUUAUUAACAUAAUGACUUACGAAAAGUAUUUGAUAAUACCCUUGUUGCCUGCAAAUGUGACAUUGUAAACAUACACAUGAAUAUUUACAUGCCUUGUAUGUUUCUUUUAUAGUAUCCACCACAUUCCCUUAACAACUAUAAAUUAUAGUUAAUUAUAAUUGAUACUUCUACUACUUGAAAAUUCCCAUUUAUCAUGGUUCAUCAUCAUCAGCCUGGUUACGCCCACUGCAGGGCAAAGGCCUCUCCCAUACUUCUCCAACUACCCCGGUCACAUACUAAUUGUGGCCAUGUUGUCCCUGCAAACAUCUUAAUCUCAUCCGCCCAUCUAACUUUCUGCCGCCCCCAACUACACUUCCCUACCCUCGGAAUCCAGUCCGUAACCCUUAAUGAUCAUCGGUUAUCUUCCCUCCUCAUUACAUGUCCUGCCCAUGCCCAUUUCCUUUUCUUGAUUUCAACUAAGAUGUCAUUAACUCGCAUUUGUUCCCUCACUAAAUCUGCUCAUUUCUUAUCCCUUAACGUUACACCCAUCAUUCUUCUUUCCAUAGCUCAGUUCGUUCCAUAAGAGCUGUGUCUUACCAUGCCGGUAAGACACAGCUGUUAUACACUUUUCUCUUGAGGGAUAAUGGCAACCUGCUGUUCAUGAUCUGAGAAUGCCUGCCAAACGCACCUCAGCCCAUUCUUAUUCUUCUGAUUAUUUCAGUCUCAUGAUCCGGAUCCACGGUCACUGCCUGCCCUAAGUAGAUGUAUUUUCUUAACACUUCCAGUGCCUCGCUACCUAUCAUAAACUGCUGUUCUCUUCCGAGACUGUCAAACAUUACUUUAGUUUUCUGCAGAUUAAUUUUUAGACCCACCCCUCUGCUGUGCCUCUCCAUGUCAGUGAGCAUGUGUUGUAAUUGGUCCCCUGAGUUACUAAGCAAGGCAAUAUCAUCAGCGAAUUGCAAGUUAGUAAGGUAUUCUCCAUUAACUCUUAUCCCCAAUUCUUCCCAAUCCAGGUCUCUGAAUACCUCCUGCAAACACGCUGUGAAUAGCAUUGGAGAGAUCGUAUCUCUCUGCCUGACGCCUUUCUUUGUUGGGAUUUUGUUGCUUUCUUUAUGGAGGACUACGGUGGCUGUGGAGCCGCUAUAGGUAUUUUUCAGUAUUUUUACAUACGGCUCGUCUACACCCUGAUUCCGUAAUAGCUCCAUGACUGCUGAGGUUUCGACUGAAUCAAACGCUUUCUCUUAAUCAAUGAAAGCUAUAUAUAAGGGUUGGUUAAAUUCCGCACAUUUCUAUAUCACCUGAUUGAUAGUGUGAAGACCUGCCAAGGCCUGCCACGCUCUCGCUAAUGCUAUAGAAUUCCUGUACGUUACCAGCUAUGUCCUUAUUAAUCAGAAAUCCGACUUCUAGUUCUUGUCUCUCUGUUAAGCCCCGGUAGCACAGGACGUGCUCGCUCUUUAGCAUUCUAUAUGCUUCAUUUGUCCUCCUAACUUCACAUAGCCAUAUUAUAUCCCAUGUACUGCCCUCUAAUUCCUCCAAUAGCACUGCUAGACACGCCUCACUAGAUAAUGUUCUAGUGUUAGACAUUGCCAGGUUCAUCUCAAUGGCGGCCUGUCCGGAUCCAGAGAUUCUUAGCACCCUUUGCUGUGUCACAGGUCUGACCACCGCCGUGGUCAGUUGCUUUGCAGCCGCUGGAGGCUGAGGGAUGGGGUUUGAUUGUUGUAUUCAUAUAAGAGGUUGUGGCCAGGUAGUGCACCAGGGUGGCCAAUCCUGCUCUGGUGAGGGAGUGCGUUACCGGUGCUGGUCACCGGGAUCAGGCUGCACUCCAGGCCUGUUUAUGCACUUUUAUCAACACGCAGAUUUUUUUUUUUUUUAAUCCAGUGGAAAAUUUCGCGGCACCGAGAUUCGAACCAUGGUCCACUUGCACACGAGGCGGAUACUCAGCCACUACGCCACCGCUGCCCCCCUUUGUCAUAGCUGACCUUGUUGAAAUCUUUCUUAACAUAUAUUUAGUAGACUGAAAAGUAUUUAGCAUACCCUAGCUGACUUUCACUGCUGCAUAUUAGUGGAAUAUUCGCUAGAGAAAUACACUAGACUUCCUUUAAUUCAAGUUUGGUUAAUUCGAUCCUGACCGAAAGUCCUGUCUGCUGCCCAUGCAUUUAUAUAGGCCAAAACUCUAAUUAUUUCUAUCCUAAAAUGCGCCCUUGCUGAAUAAAUUGAAUAGUCAGCAUGCACUCACUGACCCUUAUAGUCACCCCAAUAGCAACACCUUUAUUGGAAAUGUAUGCCUCGGCAACGCUUAGGGGACAGUUAACACACAAGUCCCCCUUUGAAAACGCUUACUUUUGGCCUGCCCUAGGAGGAUCUUUAAGCAAUAACUGUAGCUCACAAUGUCUGAUUAUGGCAUUUGCCCAAUUUUUAACACCCUCCUUUUCUUUUUUUUUUCAAGUAAGUUGGGUCAAAGAUUGUCUGUGUGGCGCAAACAGACAAAAAUAAAAAACUGCUUUCGCCGCAGUUGUAUGCUUUACAUAACACAACUAUAUUGCGGCAAAGCUGACUUUAAAAAUCAUGCGGCAAAGCUGACUUCUAUAAAACUGGUUACUGUGGUGCAACAAAUGUUAGGCCAUUGCCCAUUUUGGUUGCUAAAAUAUAGGAUGCACCUUAUAUUUCUACUUUGUUUAGGAUCUUUCGUGUCAGUUCUAUGUUAGUUUUGUACUUCCGACAAUUACGCGAGUAGAAACCCUUACGGGUGUGCUAUAAUCAGGCAAAUACUGCCAAAUGAAUCAGUGGUAUGGUUUGCGCUUUUCUCUGCAUCUCGUUUAUAUAAUUUGACUCGCCGGAUAAUUUGAUCGAUUUUCUCAGUCCGGUCAGGGUCAAAAUAACGGAGGUUGACAGUAUAGCAACACUGGUUUACAGAGUGAAGCAGUGUAUGCGAUUCCUUGUACUGUGGUUUCAUGCUUACUGGUAUACUGGGUGCAUACUUCACUGGCCAGUGUGCAUGUGCCUGGUAACUCAUUUUGUUGAAGCGUCACUUGCUCAAUUGCUUUUUGGUGCCUUUGCUUAUGAUGGCCUGCAUGCGUGUCACAUUCACAAGAAUGAAUGCAGGCAUGAUUGGGCUUAUUGAAAUGUAUCACGUGGAACUGACAACCGUCUAGACGCACCAGCCUUCAUUUUUACAGUGAUGGCUGUAAUUGGUUCUUUCAGCUUUUAACGUGGAUGUAUGCCCAUCGUUAGGCUGCACCACAAACCUUUUCACAACCUCCCUAGUUGCUCCAAUCAACUGCUCUAAUGUUGUCUAAAUGUUCCUCAUUUAGUCUGAGGCUCUCCUUUGCGACCUUCUAGCAUUUUCUUUUCAUUUCAUCCAUGCCAACUUGCUGGGAGCUGCAGCUCUCGCCUGAUGAGGGCAGUGCUUGGAUCAUUGAGAAAUCAUCACAUUACGCUUUCAUUACUUUUCCUACCUUGUUGCCCAGCCUGGUUUUAUGUAAUUGCAAGCGUGCAACGUGUUAUGCUUGCUAGGCUUGCUUUGUCUCCUUGUCUGCCUUUGCUUUCUUUCGCAGUGCUCUGCUUGUUUGUGAAAUUUAGGGGAAUCCAGCUGAUUCCAAUUUCUUACUGGUUUAAUUAAGUUAAACCACAACAUUAUGUUCAGUGAAAAUGAGGAAUGGAACAGAAAUUGAUAGGCAUGAAGUUAAUAGAUAGGAAGAUGGCAGUAUGCACUAGACUUAGAGAGGAAAGACUGGUAGCUGAAAUCUCCGUUAAGUUUAGGCGGAAGAAUUUGCAGCUGAUGUAAUGUACGGAACAGAUUACAAGUGGACUAUUACAGUAGCAGCAAGAGUGCAAGGUAAGGGAAAACAAAUUGAAGGCAGCAGAGGAUUACAUGCAAUGAUCAGGCUAAAAUAUUUGCACGUGUAGGAUGGAAUUGGCUGGUGCAAUACAGCAGCAAUUGGAGAUUACCGGGAGGGAGGCCUUUGUCUUACAGUGGACAUAAAAUAGGAUGGUGAUAACAUAACCCUUUCAGCCACGAAUUACGAUUGACUGUUGGUAAAUGGGUGAAAGCUAACAUCAUUUUAUGCCAGGGUGCUGGAGACUUCAAAGCAAGCAAGUUAAGGUGGGAUGAGAAUGACUGCGGUUUAUAGAGACCCAUCAUAAUCAUAAAGUAAUUAAAUAUUUAUUUAAUGUGGAGUCGGUCAUGCUACGUCUCUUCAUCAAAAAUAUUAAGUCACCCGCUCAAGUUGCAUGCAUAGGUUAAUUGUUGGGUGCAAGCAUACCAACAAAGUAAAGAAAAUCUUUCGCAAUGGCUACUUAAACGCCCCACUUCAAAUGACCCAUCAAACACGGCAGUGUCUUCGCCAAAGCGGUCGUCUGAAGCGACACCAUACUCUCAGAAGUGAAAUGGGUGUACUUUAGGAAAGCAGAAUGUUCAAUUUACUCAAUGUUCGUUGUCUAUUCCUUGCAACCACUGCACAGUAAUGGCAUAAUGGCAAAAAAAGUGUCCUCAAAAGUGUAUGCCGAGACUGAAGGGGCCAAAGUUCUGACAAAUGUUGGCAUCAAUUUCAUAUGGAGUGUAUGCAACCUCAUCAGUCAGGCUUUCAUUUUCGGCAGGUUUAACAAGUUAUGCCACUUUAUUUACUGUGUUCAAAGAGUGCAGUAGGGCAUUUAAAGUGUCAGUAUAAGAAAACAUAAAGCUAGAUUAGCAGAUUACAUUUGUGAAAUAACAAAAGUAGAGCAGUGGUUUUGUAUGCCAGAAAAUUACGUAAUUGUGAAAGGGGGUGUACCAAUGCUAUAUUAAAGCUCUGACACCAGCUUCCCAUGGUGUUUUAGAUUGCAGCACUCUCUAUCAGACGUUCAACCAAUGCUUCUUGAGAAAGAUCUGAAUGUCAACACCUGUAAAACAAAACAUGGUUAUCGUGACACCAUUCUUUUUUCCUUGUAAGGAUCACCUCACUGUAAACACAAACUAUGCACUAACAGCAUCCCACGUAAAAAAGAAUGAGAAUUCUGAAUUGCUAUGACGGUCAUUUAAAGUAGAUGCACUCGCUGUAGAUGUGUCCAGGUAUACAUUUUUCCCGUUGUUCGAAUAGGGCCAAAAUUAGCAGCAAUGCAGAGCAGUCCAUGAAAGCAUGCUAUGAUGUCAUCAGUGCUUUUAUUUGGGCAUGCAAUUUAGAGAAACAUGUUUGGUCCUCUUGUCUUUUAUUUAUUUAUUAACUUGCAUUUAUGCAGAAAAAUUGUUGUUCAGCGAAAUGAUUUAGCAAUGCAUUUAUGCUGAACAAACAGGAGUUCUUGAAGAAUAUUCUGUCAGCGUUACAUGACUGUUUCCUGUUUUUGCUGUUUCUAAUGGUAAUGAAAAGGCCAAAUGGGAGGGUUGCACUUUUCAAUACAUGAUGGCUUUUUUUGCAUCAAUUAUCCUUUGCUAUGCUUGAAGUCUUAUUCAAAUCCAUGCAAAUGCAGAUGAAGAAUGUGUCAAAGACAGUGCGACAGCUUAUACAGAUUUCUUAUAGUGAAAAGCCUGGAUGCAGAAAAUUCACUAAAGGAAAGCCCGAAGUUUGCUGGCCUACAUACAGCUUGUUUUGUCGCCAACUGGCAAGUUGUGGUUGUUGACAAGCUUAUGCAACACUGCUUGCAACAUUGCUUGAGCAUGUGGCCAUGAAUAUUUGCAGCAGUCAAAAUAUUUGACACCCAUUAAAGUUAUCGCUGCAUUGUGUGCAAGUGCCGCAAGGCAGGGACUUUUUUUAUCUCUGACACAUCUUUUCAUGUAGCUGUAACCAAGUUUUACUAACUGUCAUCAUGUGCAUACACUUCACAUGUUCAUUUGUGAAUGUUUGCAGAUGUGCAUAGGACCUGAGGGCAAGGAUGAAAUGUGUUUCUUUUUAGGGAAAAGAAUGUUCAGAAAUUGUGACAACAUAACAAAUUUUGAUAUGUUGCCAGCAUUAAAGUUGUGCUUGUGUGAAAUCUUGAAAAUAAGCUUAGCUGGGUCGAUGACUUUUACAAUGGCUCCUUAAAACUACUUUUUGCUCGUUAAAGAGAAUAAAUUACUGUUAGCAUGAGAUAGCACUGGGCUUUACUGUACUUUGUAAUGCAAUAGUGUUCACACUGUUUGAGAUCAGGGUAAUAUGAAGAUCUGGACACGUAGCAUUUAUUUCUGCGGAGCCAUGUCUUAUGUAGCUUUUCUGCAAUGCUCUGUAAAAAAAAGAUCUGAAGAGCUGCUUUACUAUAUGAAAUGCCGGUAAGGUGUGCUUUUACUUGCUUAUAUUUGAGUUUGCUUGUUGUACAGUCUGUAAUUGAUUGACAGAGCAAAAUAAUUUUUCGCGGCUGUUUGUUCAUUCAUGCAUGCACUGUUUUUUUAUGCGAUACCUUCUGAAACUCAUUUGCACUGGGAUGAUGGACGCAUCUUUGAACACAUGACUUGCACUGUUGGCAGCAGGAGUUUGUGGGCAUGCAAGCAUAGACGUAGUCACAGUGCAGCACCAUGUAAUCCACCAGUUGUGGCUCACUGGCUACGAUGUUUUGCUACUGAGCACAAGUUCAUAGGUUCAAUUUCUUGCUGUGGUGUUUCGGUGGGGGCAGAAUACGAGUUUUAAAUGCUCAUGUAUGUUUAGAUUAAGUGCACUCAUAUCCCGUUCAUUUUUUUUUUUGCCAUUGAACCACAAUUUCAUUUUAUUUGCUGUGCCAUGUGACCUUGCGCACCUGCUGUUACAGUCCACGAUUAUGUUGAGUAGACAUGCUCAACAUAAUCUGGGGCAGGUGUGAAUUGCAGCUUCAUCAUGUGCAAUGCAUCCAGAUCAGAAGAAACUGAUUGUUGAAGGAGCAUUAGCUCGUGAUAAAGCUAAUGUGUGAUACAGCUAAUGUGUUAUGGACCUAAUGCUCACGGCUUUGACGCCAUCUGUCAAUUCAGAACUCGUGUUAUUGUAGUUGUUAAAAUCAGCAGUCCAAGAUGAUCAUUGGUGCAACAAUAGAGAUACAAACAAGUGCAUCUGCAAGAAAAAAAAAGUGUACAUAGCACAGCAAUUCAUGUGUUAUUUGUGGACUGUUUUGUCUUGGUGAACGCGUGCCUAGUGUCCACAAAGCCCUUGCGCAUCACUGGAGUUUUGUGCAAUAUAUAGCAUAAUGAAACCCUGUGCAUCCAUUCUCCUUCAACUUGGAAUUGAGAGAUAGCUUUUCUGUGCCACACUACAUAUGAAGUGUAUUUCUUCAAAAGCUCUUCAUGGUAGUGAAUUAGUAAGCAUUGGUAAAUUAGUGAAGUUGUGUAAUGCAGUGCUAGAUCCUUUAAUGUAUGCUAGCAUGCGCAGCUAAUUAAAACUCGCUUCUAGUUAUGUUUGGCAUAGUACGUUUGUUA